CCCCGCCCCGUUUUCCCCUCUGUUCUUUUUGUGCACACACACCAAAACAGAGGAAUACAUAGAUAUCUGUCGUCUGUAGCUAUCCAUAUUCAUCCAUCGAUCUGUAUCCCUUCUUCAUCAUCUUCAUUUAAUAAACAGUGUGCAAAUUUGGCCAUCUCACCUUUGAAUUUUCAACCCCUCUCUCUCUCUCUCUCUCUCUCUCUCUUAAAUCUCCACCCAUUAUUUCUUAUUCUCCGCUCUCCUGAAAGCAGCUAUGAUGCUUAUCAAGCGGUGACGGUGACACUUCCUAGAUCUUUAGGCAUACAUUCGGAUAUAUAUCCGUGUGCGAAUGUGUUGCUGACCUAAUGGGUGAAGGCUGCAGUGGGUCUGAGGUGCUUUCAUGGCUGAAAACCCUACCACUUGCUCCAGAGUACCAUCCCACCCUAGAAGAGUUCAGAGAUCCAAUUGCAUACAUUUUCAAGAUCGAGGCCGAAGCCUCAAGGUAUGGAAUCUGCAAAAUUGUUCCCCCUGUAGCGGCCCCGCCAAAGAAAACCGCUAUUUCGAACCUUAAUAAGUCGCUUUCCGCUCGACCUGGCUCCAGUGGCCCCACAUUCACUACUCGGCAGCAACAGAUCGGGUUCUGCCCCAGGAAGCACCGGCCUGUGCAGAAACCCGUGUGGCAGAGUGGGGAGAAGUACACGCUUCAGCAAUUUGAGGCCAAAGCCAAAGGUUUCGAGAAAAAUUACAUCAAGAGGAGCUCAAAGAAGGGGAUGCCUCCUUUGGAGGUUGAGUCCCUUUACUGGAAGGCAACAGUGGAUAAGCCAUUCUCUGUUGAGUACGCCAAUGAUAUUCCUGGUUCCGCAUUUGCUCCUAAGAAGGCAGAUUCCUGUCGGGCUGUAGGGGAAGGGGUGACAGUGGCAGAGACAGAGUGGAAUAUGAGAGGAGUUUCCAGGACCAAUGGCUCUUUGCUCAAGUUCAUGAAGGAAGAGAUACCUGGAGUUACUUCUCCCAUGGUGUACAUUGCUAUGAUGUUCAGUUGGUUUGCUUGGCAUGUGGAAGAUCAUGACUUGCAUAGUUUGAAUUACCUGCAUACUGGUGCAGGGAAGACAUGGUAUGGUGUUCCUCGAGAUGCUGCAGUGGCCUUUGAGGAGGUGAUCCGGGUACAUGGCUAUGGCGGGGAGAUCAACCCCCUUGUUACUUUUGCUACCCUCGGAGAGAAGACCACUGUCAUGUCACCAGAAGUGCUGCUUAAUUCCGGUGUUCCAUGCUGCAGACUCUGACCAUACUGCAUUUUGUGGGAUCAGGCUGGUGCAAGAUGUUGGAGAAUUUGUUGUCACCUUUCCAAGAGCUUAUCACUCGGGGUUUAGUCAUGGGUUUAAUUGUGGAGAGGCCUCUAAUAUUGCCACUCCUGGAUGGUUAAGGGUUGCAAAAGAUGCUGCAAUUCGUAGGGCAUCGAUCAAUUGCCCCCCUAUGGUUUCUCACUUCCAGUUGCUCUACGAUCUAGCACUCUCUUUCUGUUCAAGUAUGUCUAGGAACAUCCGAUCAGAACCAAGGAGUUCAAGGUUGAAGGAGAAGAAGAAAGAUGAAGGAGAAACACUAGUCAAGGAUUUCUUUGUUCAGGAUUUGGUGCAAAACAAUUCUCUUCUUCACGUUCUUGGAGGAGGAUCUUCAGUUGUACUUCUUCCUAGGAAUUCUGCAAAUUUACAAGGAUCUCAGCUUAACAUAAAGCCCGAACAGGAAACGACAAAGGAUUUACGUUUUGAUAAUGUGUCAAUUGCCAGGAAACAGGGAAUUAAACAAACAUCUGCUGUCCGUUCAACUAGAGGAAAAUCUUGUUCAUCAAGCAGUAGGCUUAGUGUUUCUGGCAAAUGUUAUAAUGUUAGAUCAUCUAAUGGGAACAUAAAUGCGUCGACUGAAAGAGCUUAUAACAGCGAUAGGUCAUCUGAGCAUGGACUGUUUUCAUGUGUGACUUGUGGUAUACUGUGUUACACUUGUGUUGCCAUUGUUCGACCGACGAAAGAAGCCGCUCAUUGUCUGCUCUCGGCUGACUUCGAGAGCUUAAGUCAAUGGAGAGCGGCCAGUGGUAGGACCCCAGGUGUUAAUGAGAGUACAGAUGUGCCGACGUUAUGUUCAUCCUCAGGAUUGAUGGCGAGGAGAGCACAAGAUGGUUCAUUUGAUGUCCCAGUAAAAUCCAACAAUCAAACCGUGUUACUCAGUGAUGAAAGGGUAGGGGUGGUUUCCACUAGUAGAACACACAAAGACAUUUCUUCCCUUGGUCUGUUGGCUUCAACCUAUGGUGAUUCUUCUGACUCCGAGGAGGAAGCUGAUAAUGCUUCUGUCAAAUAUUGUGAGCGCAGAUCGCUAGUUCUUGAUGAUGAGAUUCCUCCCCAGCUCGUUAUUGACCCUUACGCUGAUCACAGACAGAGGAGAGCAAAACCUGAUGUUGGAAAUCAUUGCAGUUUUGACGAUUCUGUUUAUGAGGAAAGUGAUGAUAAAACAAUAUCAGUGCUUUCAAAUGGUUUGCAAGGUAGAUUGGGAGAUCGUGUAAAGUCCCAUCAAGCUAGGCUGAAUUAUUUCCCAUUUGUUGCCCAUAAGGAGUCCGGAGUUGCAAACAACACCCUGGUGCCCUUUCAGGAAGCAUCUAUGCCGUCUGAUGAAGAUUCCUUCAGAAUGCAUGUUUUCUGUCUCCAACAUGCUGUUGAAGUGGAAAAACAGCUACAGUUGAUAGGAGGGGCCCACGUUUUCCUCUGUUGUCAUCCAGAUUAUCCCAUACUAGAAGCUGAAGCAAAAAAGUUGGCGGGAGAGUCUGGAAGUGAUUACAUUUGGAGUGAGAACUCAUUCCACGAAGCCACUGAAGGUGAUAAGAAACUCAUUCUGUCAGCUUUAGAGACCGAGGAAGCCAUACAUGGGAAUGAGGAUUGGGCCGUUAAAUUGGGAAUCAAUCUUUUCUAUAGUGCCAACCUCAGUCGUUCCACUCUUUACUGCAAGCAGAUGUCUUAUAACUCUGUCAUUUACUCUGCGUUUGGACGGAGCUUUCAAGCAGUUACUUCCACAUCAUCCGAUAACGAUAUUGUGAUGGGUCCUGCGAAACAUAAGAAAAUAUCAGUUGCUGGAAAAUGGUGUGGGAAAGUCUGGAUGUCAAACCAGGUCCAUCCUUUUCUUGCCCAGUUCAAUCCUGAUCGAAAGCCUAUUCUUCUGUCAAUGGAAGGUAACCAGAUUGCAAAAAAGAGGAAAUCUGUAUUAACAAAAAGAGGUGGGUCCCCUGCUAGUGAAAAACUGAAUAGUAAUAAUCUUAAAAACAAGCGGAUUAAGAAAGAGGCAUAUGCAGAAGAACCUCAAAAGAACAUUACUGAGAAGAACAAAAGGGUUGACCACAUUGUCAAUGAAGAUGAUGAGAUUGAAGGUGGGCCUACCUCACGGCUCAGAAGGAGAACCCUAAAACCGGUUGAUGAUUUGGAAACCAAACUGAUAAAAGCAAAACCAGUGCUCAAGAAGCCCGAGCCUAAGAAAGUGAGGAAAGGCCCAUUAAUGAAGGUUCCAAAGAAGGCUAUUAAUAAAAAGGGUCCGAUUGACGAGGAAGGAGAACAUUCGUGUGACCUGGAAGGUUGCAACAUGAGUUUUGGGUCAAAUCAAGAGCUCCAAUUGCACAAAAAGAACAUAUGUCCAGUCAAGGGGUGCAGGAAGAAGGUUCCAAAGAAGGCUAUUAAUAAAAAGGGCCCGAUUGACGAGGAAGGAGAACAUUCGUGUGACCUGGAAGGUUGCAACAUGAGUUUUGGGUCAAAUCAAGAGCUCCAAUUGCACAAAAAGAACAUAUGUCCAGUCAAGGGGUGCGGGAAGAAGUUCUUUUCCCACAAGUAUUUGGUUCAACACCGACGUGUCCACAUGGACGAGCGUCCCUUGAAGUGUCCGUGGAAAGGGUGCAAGAUGACGUUCAAGUGGGCCUGGGCCCGAACCGAACACAUUAGGGUCCAUACCGGAGUGCGUCCUUAUGUUUGUACGGAAUCCGAUUGCGGUCAAACAUUUAGGUUCGUAUCUGAUUUCAGUCGUCACAAGCGGAAAACCGGCCACACUACAAACAAGUGAAGAUGAUGUUAUGAUCAUAUUGGAGAAAAAAGGGUAAAUUGCUAUUUGACUUGGCUGUUUGUGAAAUGUUGUUUAGUUAACAGAAAUAGGGUGUAGGGUUAGGAUUGACUUUGUAAUUUUGCGUUGGUAGUUUGGUACACAGAGACAUUUUCUUUGUCCGGUUUCAUUAUCAGGUCCAAUUGAUCUCAGCUAGGGCAAUAUCUUUAUUAUGUUUGAGAAGAAGAAAAAUGUUCCAACAUAAGGAAUCUUACAUUUGAAUUCAAGAUGCCAGCUUCUCUAAUUAUUUCUUUUUGCUCUC